CUGUUUCCACGACUGCUUGCGUCCCAGUCCAACACCUUCAAUCUGAUCGCAAUUCACUCUGGCUCAGGGGUGCAGUAUGCCAGCUUUAACGCUGCCAAGAGCAGUAUAUUUGCGGGGCCAGCCUCCCAACAUGCUAGCUGUGCGCGCCCAGAGGAACAACUUGCUACUUUCUAUCACAACGACGAGGCUCUCUACCUCUACGACCAAUCCGCAACUCCCCAAGAACUUUACGUUGAUCGUUCAGAAAUGGACUGGAUAUACCAAUAUACCACUGGCGCUCAGCCCGCCCCGAAGAAUGCCGACCGAGAUGGUUGGAAAAUCAAGGAUGGACACCUUCAGUUCGCUGGCAAUGUCCUUAUUGCCUGCCCAAACAGCAUUGACAAUUCCUGGUCUAUCUGGGUCUCCGCUGGUGUCUCCAAUCUGGGUGGAAAUACUGACUGUGUCGGCAUUGCUGUUCGUGUGGUGGAGACUUCCAACUCCAGCGGAUGCCUGUAUACCGAGUAA